AUAAAUUACUUUUAAUCCUAUGGUAGUCCUAAAACAUACUCUCAGGAUAUUUAGGCUUCUGGCUGUGACAGAGUAACAGAUGACACUGGAUUUACCACAGUGCUGUUAAGACAUCUUAAACACUGGGUCCUGUGUGUGAGGUAACUGUUGAAUGACAUUGGACAGUGGAGCAGCAGAGCUGAUUUGUAAGGAAAAGGCCACGUGUAGCCUGAGCACUGUGAUAGCGAGCAUCCUGCUUGGAGGCACAUUACAGACCAUGGAGGUAGGGAGCCGGGGAUUUAGCUUCCUGGUUCCAGUGCCUGCUUUGCAAGGCAAGGACCCAAGUUCAAUCCCCGGUACCAAAAACAAAAAUGAAAACAGACCACAGAGGAAGGGUGCCAAGCAAAGCAGAGAGAGUUGAGAUGAAGGUUGAAGCCCAGAAAGACCGAACUGUGACCGUUGGCAGCUGAAAGAAGUCCGGAGAGCUGUCUGGGGGAACCCUUGAGAGUUGUCACAUACGCACACGUGCAUGAUAAUUCAUCCUUGAGUGAUGGAGGCUACUGCACUGAUAGAGUUAGCUUCUGAUAAAGGCUACCGCAGUAAUGGAGAAAAGCUCCAAAAAGAUCUAUCUUCUCAUUCUAAGAAAUCUUCCAGUGGUUGUGAUGAAGUCACACCAACUUGUCCUGAUGAUGAAUGGAAUUCUUUGACACGAGAGCCAAGAGCUGAGGUCGGAGAAAUCGGUAAUAUUGACACAACACGUUUAUUGGAAUCACCUUUUUCAGAAAAUCAAGAUGCUAAUAUACAGAGUGCUCAAUCAAGCAAGUUUGAAGACAGUAUCAACUGUGCUUUUUUGAAUGAAACAUACUGUAUAUAUUAUUCAGAGUCAGCUCCAAAGAAUGAAAACAUUACUAAUUUAAAUCCAGAAUUAGAUUCUGGAAUGGAAGAAAGAGAGGAAGUGUUUUUUGAUGUAUUGAAACCUCAGGGUACUAGAACUGUUGCCUUGGGAAGAACCUGUGAGAUUUCAGGUGCUGACUGUGAAGAAACUGCUGGAGAAACGCAGAAGUGUGGCGUAGACGAAGACUCCCUGCUGGGAUACUACAGUGCAGAAGAGCAAGAGCAGAUGAGUAGCCAUCCAUCUCCCAUCCGAGCUGGAACACUGAGCGUGUCUAACCUGGGAGCUGAGCUAAGAAGUUUGAGUUAUGAAGUUGAAAGUGCUAGCAAUCCAGAAGAUGAGCACAUUACCCUGGAAAGUAGCUCUGUUAUCUCUGCAGAUUCACUUAAUGACUUUGCACAAGAAUAUAUACCUUGUGUCUCUAAAUUUCAGAAUUGCGAUCUGUUAAAAGAGUAUUAUGAACCAAAGCAUGAAAAGUGUAAGGAACGAGAGACUAGUUUAAUGUUUCCCACAGUAUUUGUACAGAGAAGUAAUUCUCUUGGAAAUGAAGAAUCUCAGUCUAAGAAUGAUUUCUUGAACCCUCAAACACUAAAAACUAAAAUGUAUACUGAAAAAGUGAAAUCUCAGGUUUCUGAAAAUAAAGAUUUUUGUGGAAAUGCAGCUGUGGAGAACAGAAUCUCACAGCACCUUGAAAGUCGAAGCACACUGCCCCAGGACAAAGCUUUAGAGACCCUACAGGAGUUCUCUGAGGUUUGCCAAACUUCCUGGUCUUCUAUUUUUGAUGACUCAGUCAUCUCUGCCCAUGGAUGUUCCCAUUAUAAAAGCCUACAAAGCAUGCCUGACCCAGCCUUGAGUUCUCCUGCUGUACCACCAAGGAUUGCCAUGAGAGGUGUUCGGGCAGUCACAGAGGAUAGCUCCCAAAGAGCUAUAAAUGUCAGGAGCGUGAACAGAGCAUGCUCUGAGGAUGGAGAAGGAACAUAUUCUACAUCAGUGAUAGAUGCAGCAGGUUGUACAGUCGCAGUACAUCAAACAGUGGAUGUUAGCACAGAUUUUAGGGCUUGUUUCACAACCAGCAGAGCAACAAAUGCAAGACCUUCUGUAGUAUCUACAUCAAGCAAUACAGAGAUAACCAUGAUGAGUAAAAAGCGUCCCAGCAAAUGGCAAAGUGAAAAACAAAAAAGUGUGGCUUGUAACACAGAUUGGUCAUAUGGUCAGGAUUGCAUGGAUACACCAGUUGCUGUAACAAAAGGGUCAGGAAAAUCUCUCGGAGUUGACAGUUCAAAGCCCAGUGGAAAUUUCCAAAAUAAGGAUUCCCUGGAAUUAAAAACAUAUGAUAACACAGACUUAAAGAAAAACUCUGAGAGGAAAUUUCAGAUCUCUGAAGAGAUGGAGAAGAAUUUACCAUCAAAGUGCUACGAGAAAAUAAUGCAGAGAGCUAUAGAAGCAGAGAUGCACCUUUUAAAUGUUCACUAUCAAAUGUGUCAUCAUAACUGUUGUGACAUUUACAAAUUUAUCAUGGAAAAUAAAGGAUUAAAUAGGAAUUUACCAAGCAGUUCUGCUAAGAAGAAAUUAGGAUUAGCACUACUGUCCAUUUUGGGAGAUUUAAAAGUUAGAUAUACAAAUUUAAAAGAAAAAAUACACAAGGGCAUACCAUUGGAAGAGCUGCCCCCGCUGUCAGUAGAAUCAAAAUUAUUAAUUAUCUUCUCUUCUUUGGUUUCCAGGCUAAGGAAAGAAGAAUCACACGAUUUUUCAGGAGCAGAUUCUGAACUAGAUAAUCAAACUGCAUCUGAUAGUGAAGUUUCUCCAAGCCCAAAAAAGAUGCACUCCCAAAUGUCUUCAUUAUUUGACCGCAGUCAUCCUAAACAAAAUACAUCACCCAAUAAAGAUGGUUUAAAAAGUGCUGAAAUAAAUGUAGAGUUUAGUCAACUAAAACUUGAUGAUAAAGAGUGCAGCAGUAGCCAUGAAGUCAGUGAAGACUGGUUUGAUGCUAAAGAGAGCAUGACAGGAGUUGGCUCCUCAGGAGUACCAGAAACACAAAUCGAUCAUGAUAGACGGAAUCUGAAGAUUACAGUAGCAGAAACGAAGAAUGAUGAACCCUUACAAAGAGAUAAAGGUUUUCUGGUACACGUCGAUGGUCUCUGCCCUUCAGUAUCUGAGGCUGAUUUGAGGUCUUACUUCCAAAAAUACCAAGUUUCUGACAUCUCAAUUUGUGAUUCUUCUACUGAUUACAGAUAUGCAUCUCUUGCUUUUAAUAAAAACAGUGAUGCAAAGAUGGCUGUGAAAGAAAUGAACGGGAUGGAAAUAAAUGGAAAAUCAGUAAAUGUGCGACUUGUUAAAACUCAUGGAGAAUGUACAUCACCACUUUCCUCAAAGAAAAGUCUGAAUAAUUUGGAGAAAAAUACCAACGAAGAAGUCAUCCCACCUUCCACUGUUUCUAGACUUCCCCGAACUAGGCCAAGGCAGAUGAUGUCUGAGCAAGGCAGUGCACUUUCACUUUUGGACCAGGAUUCCAAGAAGAAUUGUAAACAGAUUGACUCUUCUCAGUUAUUACCAAAAAUACCUGUUCCACUCAUAUCUCCAAACACCUUGAACCUUCGUAGCUUUACCAAGAUCAUAAAGAGAUUGGCUGAACUGCAUCCAGAUGUCAGCAGAGACCAUAUUAUCGAUGCUCUUCAGGAAGUGAGAAUGAAUCAUAAAGGUUUUCUGAAUGGCUUAUCUAUCAGUACUAUUGUGGAAAUGACUUCAUCUGUUCUGAAAAACUCUGCUUCCCAUUAGGACGAAACAAAUCAAUAAAGAGAGUUUCCUUGGAAAGCAUGAGUGCCCAUCUUCAGAAAAUGUUCUACAGCAGUAAGACAGAGUUGUGGUGAAGCAAGACUGAUAUAGUUAAGCAGAUUCUACAAGCAGACUUAGCUGUUAAAAUAUUCUACUUUAUCACUCUUCCUUUUAAAUCUAGCAACCUGUGCAUAACAUUAAUGUCUCUAUAAAAUUAAAAAUACAACUUUAUUUCAAACUUGUUUAAGGAUUUCAAGAUGCAUAUUUGUAUAUGUGCUGCUGAAGCACACACUCAAGCUGCGUAUUUGAAUCAAAAAUAGUCGUCAUGUCCAUUUUAAAAAUCCUUUGUUAAGUAAAUUUUAAAACUAUAUUGGCCAGGAGGUUUAUUGUUAUUAUUUCAGAGUUCAUUAAACGAUUUC